CUUUAAACAAACUUUUCAGUGGGGCUGCCUGCUUCCCUUCCAACUAAGCACUGAGACCCAGACAGAAGGCCUUAGAGAACUCCCCAAAACAACUACAAUUCACCUGAAGCCAAGGCCCAUCCAACCACCAUCAUGUCGAGCAAACGUGCAAAGGGGAAGACCACCAAGAAGCGCCCCCAGAGGGCCACGUCCAACGUGUUCGCCAUGUUCGACCAGUCUCAGAUCCAGGAGUUCAAGGAGGCCUUCAACAUGAUAGACCAGAACCGAGACGGCUUCAUCGACAAGGAGGAUCUUCAUGACAUGCUGGCCUCACUGGGUAAGAACCCGUCAGAUGAGUACCUGGAGGGGAUGAUGGCGGAGGCGCCGGGGCCCAUCAACUUCACCAUGUUUCUCACUAUGUUCGGAGAGCGUCUCAACGGCACCGACCCCGAGGACGUCAUCCGCAACGCCUUCGCCUGCUUCGACGAGGAGGGCUCUGGAGUGAUCCACGAGGACCACCUGCGAGAGUUAUUGACCACAAUGGGUGACCGCUUCACUGAUGAGGAAGUGGACGAGCUGUUCCGUGAGGCGCCCAUCGACAAGAAGGGCAACUUCAACUACGCCGAGUUCACCCGCAUCCUCAAACACGGUGCUAAAGACAAGGACGACAUGUAG